CACCAUGGCCAUCACCAGCGAUUUCCUGACUGCUUUCUCCCUGCCCGAGAUCCUGCUUCUCGGCGUCCUGUGCCUGACCGCCGGAUAUGUCUUCCACCAAGUCUGGCUUCAUCCCCUGGCCAAAUACCCCGGUCCGUUGGUGUCGAAGCUCACGCACCUCUACUCCGUGUACCAUGCGUUCAGGAGUGACCGCCACGCCGACCUCUACCGACUACACCAGCAAUACGGCCCCGUCGUGCGCUUCGGCCCCAACCACAUCUCCAUCAAGGAUGUUCGAGCCCUGGAGCCGAUCUACGGGCACGGGGCCAACGUCCGGAAGUCCCGCUGGUACAGCUCCUUCUACAGCGUGAGCAUCUUCAACGCCACCGACAAGGAUGUCCACGCCCGGAAGAAACGGGUCAUGUCGCAGGCCUUUUCGGACCAGGCCCUCCGCGCCAUGGAGCCGCAUAUCAUCUCGAGCAUUCGAGCAUGGUGCGGGGCGAUCGGGAAAGAUGCAGCAGGCUCCACGAGCAAGAGCGGUGCGUCGGACCCGUGGACGGAGCCGAAGGACAUGGCGCAUUGGAGCGCCUGUAUGGUCUUUGACGUGCUGGGGGAGAUCUGUUUCGGACGCAGCUUCGAGACGUCGGUCAGAGAGGAGAACCAGUUCUUCUUUCCGCUGAUGGCGCUGAAUGUGCGCAUCUUGAAUGUCUGUGGCCAGCUGCCGAUUCUGCGGACGUUCGGGCUCGACACGUACCUUCGUCGAGGGACGGCGGCGAGCCGCGAGAGGCAGAUCCGGUUCUCGCGGCAGCAGUUGGCCGAUCGGCUGGCGAUCGAUUCGGAGGCGACGCAGAGGAGAGAUAUCAUCUACUACCUGCAGAAGGCUCGCGACCCGGAGACGGGGGAGGCGUACUCGCAGGCCGAGCUGAUUUCGGAGACUACUUUGCUGAUGGGAGCCGGCUUUGACACAGCUAACACCGCCCUGGCCGCAACCUUCUACUUCCUCUGCAAACACCCCCGAAUCCUCACUCGCCUCUCCGCCGAAAUCCGCACCGCGUUCUCGACCCUCGAGAGCAUCGUCUCCGGCCCUACCAUGCAGCAAAUGGUCUACCUCCGCGCCUGUCUCAGCGAAAGCAUGCGACUCUGCCCUCCCGUCCCCAUGGACCUGCCCCGAGAAGUCCAGUCCGGCGGUCUGCGCGUCAUGAACCAAGAUUUCCCGGCCGGCACCAUCGUCGGCGUCCCGACGUACUCGCUGCACCAUGACGAGGCGUACUUUGACGAUCCGUUUGCCUACCGGCCCACCCGCUGGCUGCUUUCUGGUAGCCCGGCCUGCCAGGACGACGAGGGCGUGAGCGCGGAGACCCUGGCCCGGCAGAAGGAGGCGUUCGUGCCCUUCAGUCUGGGUCCGAGGGCCUGUAUCGGGAGGAACGUGGCGUGGAUGGAGCUUGAGGUGGGACUGGCGAGGGCGCUUUGGCUGUAUGAGAUUCGGAUUGCGCCGGGGAUGGAGCACGUUGGCGUUGCUCCGCGUGGGGGGGAGUAUCUGAUUCGAGAUAAUUUUGUGGUGGGCAAGGAAGGGCCGAUGAUUCAGUUUCGUCCGAGGGUAGAUUGA